AUGGAAAACACUUCAUUUAUCUUUUGUUAUUGUUUCUUUUCUCAAAAGGUGCCUACCCAAAAAAGAAGGUGUCUAGCAACUUUUUCUUCCGUCUUCUUCUUCUUUGGUUGUCAAAGUAACCACCGGAGGCGGUUACUAUUUCCGGUGAACAUCAAGGAGGCAACAGCCUCUUUCCCUUUCUCUUCCCCUUGUCGAUUGAAAUUGCAAAAUAGUCAUGAAAUCACUGAUCCAAAAUUGCUUCCUCUUUCCCUUUUCUUCUUCACAAAUUUCUGCCAAGCUACCACCGAAGUGGUUGGCUGUUACAUCAAGACCAAAGAGGGCAACAACCUGUCAAUUGAAUCAACCCAAACCUCCACCAGAUGUGGAGAUUUCCCUGCAAUCAAGAAGACAUCAAGACCUUCACGUUUUUCCCCUUCGUAUCUCAAAAGAAGAAGUCGAACACCCCCUCACCGGAGCUGCUAUCGCCGCACGUUUUUCCCCUUCGUAUCUCACUGCCGGAGCAAAAAGAGUGCAGCUUCGCUGCCUCUUCCCUUUUAUUUUGUUUGGACCAACCGAGUACCGGAGGUUUUCCCCUCCUCGCUAUCUCUUAGCCACCACCAGUACAUCCCUUGGCUGCCUUCGUUCGCCAGUCACAUCUCCGGUCUGAUGAUGACGAAGAUGAGGACCGAAGUCCCUUUUGUCAGUCCUCCUCUUUACGAUUGGCCUCCUCCACCGAGCCACCUGCUGCCGCCUUCGAUUUUUUAUCCCUUCGCUCGACGGAUGAGUCGCUGA